AAUCCAGCCUUUUGCAUGACAACGUGGCAUUUGUUCUAUGUCUGGACUCUCUUGGCACUGGAGACGAGCUUUUCUUACAUAUUUCACGACCACCUAAGCCUGGAACACCUCAGUACAGCUUUAUUCAGCAGCUGGAGCAGAUCAUCUCUGCCAGGUUCCCCUGGAUGAGAUUUGGAACUGUCCAUAAGAAGAUCAACCUGCAGGAGGCCACCUUGGCUUGGGAGCACGAGCGCUAUGGAAUGAAACGUAUCCCAGGAUUCACUCUGUCGCACAUUGAGAACCCUAAAUCAGAGCUAAGAGGAUCAAUACUGGACACCAUGGCACAGGUUGACAUCAGAAAACUCAAGCGGAACACCGUUAUAGUUGCUGAGUCCUUGGCAAGAUUCAUGUACAAUCUUUCAGACAAGGGGUCUGCUAAGGACAUGCAGGUUUUCAAGGGCAGUUUGGAUAUUCAAGACAGUCGUUUGUCUGCACUGAUGACCAUGAUAACGUCUGUUCCACGAGCCGUUCAGCUGAUGGACCGAGAGCCAGAACACACACUCCUGAUCAGCAGCCUGGAGCAAGAGUUCAAACACUAUCUACGGCAGGUCCAUAGACACACGUUCCACCCGGACCGAAGGGAUCCUGAAAUCACAUUCUUUGAUCAAAUGAAACAA